AUGAACUAUCUGCGAGUGCCAGAGAGUCCAUCCUCGAGGAGGAGGCUCACCGAUUUGCAACAGACUCUAAACGAUUUCCGAAAGAAGAGCAUCUCCGAGCUUUCCCUGGUAAUCGACGCAUUGAGAGGAAGUCCAUCACCGAGUGGAUCCACUCAACACAUUCAUCCGGAGCGAUUCUCGCAAAGUACCGGCAAUCUCCCGCAUGAGCACGAGGGUGGAAAGAAACGGAAGAAAAGUCGCCGAAAGAAAGUUCAAUCAACGUGGCAUGCGCUUAAGCCGACGAAUAUUCAGCGCAGUUAUGUGUUGAUCCAAGAGGAGAAAGCGAUGCAAGCGGUGCCAACAGCGCCGAUUGAUGCCUCGAAAUUCGUCGCCUAUGUGACAGAGAGAAGGAAAAAGAGGAUACUUUUCAAAGGAGAAUAUUUGAUGAUCCAGCGCUCGAUCGACGCCCAAAAAGGUCGAUCCGACGUCGGGACGACGAUGACUGAAAGAAAUCCGUAUCCGGACACUCUUCCUUAUGAUUACAAUCGAGUGAUAUUACCGCGGAUACCCAGUGAUGAAAACUCGCACUAUAUCAAUGCCAGCUAUGUGAAUAGUUGGCUCCGGGAAAAGCAAUACGUUGUCACACAGGCGAUUCGCACAAAGCCGAUGAAUGCCGAGUUCUGGCGAUUAAUUUGGGAAGUGCGCACGAAUUGUAUCGUCAUGCUCACGAAAGUCUUUGAUUUUAUGCGGGUAAUGUGUCUCCAAUACUGGCCAAUGACGAAAUUUCAAUUCGGCGAUAUUGAGGUGGAGACGCUUGAAGUGAAGACUUACGCCCAUUUUGUGAUUCGAACGUUUCGUCUGUCGCGUGAAGUGGACGGUGAGAGCCAAUCGAGAACAGUGAAACAUUUCCAUUUCACCGAAUGGGAGCUCGACUCAUUUCCCUACAUUUCGGCGUUUAUCGAACUUCGGCGACGAGUCCGUCAAUAUCUCGAGAGAAACCCAGUCGACGCGCCGAUGGUUGUCCAUUGCAGGUUAUCAUUCAAAUAU